AGCAAGAAAACACCCCAUCAAAAAGGGGAAAAAAAUGGACUCCAGAAAAAGAAAGCAGAGGCAAGAGGAGCCAGAUUCUGAUUCAGAAUCUGAAUCUGAACAAAGUGAUGAGAGUGAAGAAUCAUCACCUGCAGAGAAGGAGAAGGAGAAGAAAAAAACAAAAACAACACCAAAAAAAACACAACCAAAAAAGAAAAAAGUUCUCGUGGAGGAUUCACCUCCUAAAGAAGACCAAUACUUUGACGGUGAGACAUAUGAAAUAUCAAGUGACGAACUGGAUGAAUGGCUAAGGGAAAAUGUUGAUAAAUCUGCUGCAGAGGGGUAUGUCUUGAUGGGCUGUCUAUUUCAUAUUUUGUUGUGUUUUGCAUGCUAAUAAUUGUUUCUUGUU